GAUAUGAUUGAAAAAAUUAGAGGUCAUCCUGAAGAAUUAGCUGCUGCUAUUUUUUCUAAAUCAAAUCCAGAAUACAAUAAAAUAAAUAUUCCAAUCAAUUUUAACUCUGAACAAGUUUUGAAACUACGUAAAACAAAUCCAAACUAUGAAUAUCAAAAAUCAGUAAAUGAUUUUGUUUCUGAUCCUGAAGUUCAUGAAGCAAUAAUUGAAAAUUGGAUUGAAGAGUAUAGUAAAAAUAUCAAAGAUUCUUUAGAUAAAGAUAAUUAUUUUUUUGAAAUACGUACUUCUGAUAAUGUUAAAAUUUUUAUUUUAUUAUUUGUUCAAAAAAAUGAAAAUGAAUAUCGUUAUAUUAGUAUUGAUUUUAAAAUCAACAAAGAUAUUCUCGAUGAUUAUUUUUUUAUUUUGUUAGAAAAUAAUU